AUGGCCGAAGUCUCAACGCCCAAUGGCCUAUCGCGAAAGCGCAAAGAUUUUGACGAUGGGUCGGUCACUCCGGCAGUAAAACGUCUACGAAUCCACGAAUCGAAUGACGAGUUGAAUGGACAGGAACCAGAACAGGAGACAGGAGGCGCAAAUGGGAGGACGGAGGAAGGAGAGGACGAGGAGGAAGACUUGAAUGUUCCAGCCAGACCGAUACGACAAGAAGCCCCUCCAGAAGGCUUCGACGAUCUAUACCUGGAUACCAUCAAUCGCAGUGUCCUCGAUUUCGAUUUCGAGAAACUCUGUUGCGUCUCACUCUCCAAUAUUAACGUCUACGCCUGCCUAGUUUGCGGAAAGUACUACCAAGGACGGGGCCCUAAAUCGCAUGCGUAUUUCCAUGCCCUAGAAGUUGGACAUCAUGUUUAUAUCAACAUGCAGACACAAAAGGUGUACGUCCUACCAGAGGGCUACGAGGUAAAGAACAAGAGCUUAGAUGACAUCAAAUUUGUUUCCGACCCGCGAUAUACCAAAGAACAAGUCAUGACCCUCGACCGAGAAGCCAAAACCGCCUGGACUCUAGGAGGAAAAGAAUACACGCCGGGCUUCGUAGGAAUGAACAACAUCAAAGACAAUGACUACUUCAACGUCGUAGUCCAAGCCUUAUCCCACGUUCCCCCAUUACGAAACUACUUCAUGCUCGAAGAUUCCACAAGCAAGCCCGAACUUGUCAAACGACUCUCCAUCCUCAUCCGCAAAAUUUGGAAUCCCCGCGCCUUCAAAUCCCAUGUCUCACCUCACGAACUCCUUCAAGAAAUCUCCUUACGAUCAAACAAAAAGUUUACAUUAACAGCCCAAUCCGACCCCGUGGACUUUCUCUCCUGGUUCCUAAACAACUUGCACCUCUCCCUUGGAGGAUCAAAAACCAAACCCGGAACAAGCAUGAUUCAAAAAUGCUUCCAAGGAAAACUCAAAGUCGAAUCCCAAGCCAUAACCGCCAAAGCCGACGCAGGAGACCGUCUGCGCUUCGAAUCCGCCGCUGAAGUAAGGAGUGAAACAACACGCUAUCUAAUGCUCACCCUGGACCUACCCACGGCGCCUUUAUUCCAAGACGAACUAGAAAGGAACAUCAUCCCCCAAAUCCCCCUAACAUCCAUCCUAUCAAAAUACGACGGUCUCAAGUCCCAAGAACACCUCAACAGCAGACGCCGCUACCGUCUCCUCCACCCUCUCCCCCCCUACCUCCUCUUCCACAUCAAACGCUUCUCCAAAAACAAAUUCGUCGAAGAGCGCAACCCCACCAUCGUCACCUUCGACGCGAGGAACCUCGACAUGUCACCCUACGUGGAGCCCAAUCCCGCGAUCCACCCCAUGGGCGAGCCAAUCUGGUACGACCUCGUCGCAAACAUCGUGCACGAAGCGGUUCGCGGACGCGAAGACAGUGUCGAGGGCGAGGAAGCGAAGAAAGUGUGGAAGGUACAGGUUGUUAAUAAGGCGGGGGGUGAUUCCUGGGUUCAGAUCCAGGAUUUGUUCGUCCAGGGGACGCAGAGGGAGCUUUUGUAUUUAGGGGAGACGUAUCUGCAGGUUUGGGAGAGGAGGAGGGAGGGGAAGGGGAAGGGGAAGAAGGUUAAUGGGAGGGCUUAG